AUGGUGGAUGCAACAGCUGGACAUGAGCUACUCAGCUUCAUGGAUGCCUUCUCAGGAUACAACCAGAUACUCAUGCAUCUGGAAGAUCAAGAAAAGACAGCAUUCAUUACCGAACGAGGGACGUUCUGCUACACAGUCAUGCCCUUCGGACUCAAGAACGCGGGGGCAACAUACCAAAGGCUAGUUAAUCGGAUGUUCGCAGAGAUGCUAGGAAACUCGAUGGAGGUCUACAUAGAUGAUAUGCUAGUCAAGUCAUUGGUUGCCCAAGACCACCUUGACCAUCUCCAACAAGCGUUCAAGGUACUUGAAAAAUAUAACAUGAAAUUAAAUCCUGCCAAAUGUUCUUUUGAUGUAUCAUCAGGGAAAUUCUUAGGCUACAUGGUGACCAAGCGCGGAAUAGAAGCCAAUCCAGAGCAAAUAAGGUCAAUCCAAAACAUCCAACCACCUAAGAACAUCAAAGAUAUACAACGUUUAAAUGGGAGGAUAGCAGCACUAAGCCGAUUCAUAUCAAAGUCAUCUGAACGCUGCCAUAUCUUCUUCUCAAAGCUUCGGAAGACCGAAGACUUCAUCUGGACAGAAGAAUGUCAGAAAGCACUCGACAAACUCAAGGCAUAUCUCUCGUCACCACCACUAAUGGCCAAGCCUAAAGAUGGAGAAACGCUCUACAUCUACCUAGCAGUAUCAGAAACAGCCGUCAGUGCCGUUCUCAUAAGAGAAGAAAAUGGUAAGCAACAACCUGUGUAUUAUAUAUCUAAAACUCUAUUGGAUGCAGAAACUAGAUACAACCAGCUAGAGAAGCUUGCUCUGGCACUCGUCACAGCAGGACGGAAGCUCAGGCCCUAUUUCCAGUGUCACCCUAUAGUGGUACUUAUGCAAUAUCCACUCCGUGCCAUACUACACAAACCAGAGCUCUCAGGAAGAUUGACAAAAUGGGUUGUAGAGCUCAGUGAAUACGAUAUCACAUUUCAACCAAGGACCGCAAUCAAAUCUCAGGUAUUAGCUGACUUUAUUGCAGACUUCUCUAGUGAUAUGCAGAUUCAAGCGGAGAAGGAAUUGUUAUGUCUGGAACAACAAUCAAAUACCAAAUGGAGGUUGUCGGUUGACGGGUCAAGCAACAGCAAAGGAUGCGGACUUGGGAUAGUGCUCACAACCUCAACUGGAGACAUUAUACAACGAUCCAUUAGGUGCGAAUUCAAAGCUACGAAUAAUGAAGCGGAAUAUGAGGCAUUGAUAGCUGGACUCGACUUAGCAAGGGAAUUGAAUAUAAAGAAUAUCGAAGUCACUUUGGACUCCCAGCUGGUAGUCAGCCAACUCAAUGGGACUUACCAAGCAAAAGGCUCAAAAAUGACAGCAUACUUGGAGGUAGUAAAAGAAAAGGUAAAACACUUCAAUGAAUUUUCAAUUGUUCAAGUUCCUAGAUUAGAGAAUGACCAUGCAGAUGCACUUGCAAACUUGGGCUCGACAAUCCAAAUUAAGAAUGGGUUUACAAUCCCGGUAGUAUACAUGCAAUGGCCAGCCGUGUGGAAGCAACCAGAACAAUCAACGAACACCAUCGACACUCAAUCUUGGAUGACACCGAUUAUUGAGUACCUGCACCAUGGUACUUUACCGGCGGACAAAAAUGAGUCAAGAAAGCUAAGGACAAAGGCAGCCAGGUUCACCCUCAGCAGUGGUCGACUAUACAAAAGAUCGUUCACUAGUCCUUUACUCAGGUGUUUGAAUCCAGCCGAGGCAAAGUAUAUACUGACAGAGCUACACGAAGGCGAAUGCGGAAACCAUUCUGGAUCAAGGAGCCUGUGUAACAAAGCCCUUACAACCGGGUAUUAUUGGCCAACAAUGAGGAAAGACUCAAUUGAAUUUGUUAAAAGGUGCGACAAGUGCCAGAGGUUUGCUCAAGUGUCGCAUAUGCCACCUGAAAAACUCCAUUCAACAUUGAUGCCAUGGCCCUUCAUGAAGUGGGGAAUGGAUAUCGUAGGAAAGAUGCCAACGGCGCCGGGACAAAGAGUAUUUAUGCUAGCAGUGACUGAUUAUUUCACCAAGUGGGUUGAAGCAGAAGCAUACGUGCAAGUCAGGGACCGAGAAGUCAAGAGUUUUAUCUGGAGAAAUGUCAUAUGCAGAUUUGGGGUGCCAAGGGAGAUUGUGACGGACAACGGUUCUCAAUUCAUAAGUAUCGAAUUUCAAGAUUUUUGUAAAAAAUGGGGAAUACAACUCUCGUUCUCGACACCCAGAUACCCACAGUCAAAUGGACAAGCGGAAGCGACAAAUAAGACCGUGGUAGCAUCGCUAAAGAAAAGACUAGACAGAGCAAAAGGAAGGUGGGCAGAUGAACUUCCAGGAGUACUAUGGGCCUACCGAACGACAACAAAGACUUCAACUGGAGAAACCCCGUUCUCGCUAACCUAUGGAACCGAGGCAGUCAUUCCCGUAGAGACAGGACUCCCUUCCACAAGAUUCGAGCACAUGACAGAUGCGAGAAACUGGCAAAACAUGGGUCACGAGCUUGACAUAUUAGACGAACGAAGGGAACAAGCAUUAAUAAGGGUCGCAGCCUACCAACAUAAAGUGGCACAACAUUUUAACAAGAAUAUCAGAGUUCAACAAUUCCAUGUUGGUGACUGGGUCUUCCAGAAUACAAAAGAAACAGGAGCUGGAAAGUUGGGUCCGACAUGGGAAGGGCCCUAUAAGAUUACCAAAAUAGUAGGACAAGGUGCAUACAGACUUCAAGCAUAUGAUGGACGCAACAUAAGUAACAGCUAG